AUGUGUGAUUCAGCAUACCAUCCGCGCGAGGGUCACCGCAGCGAGUUCGACCGCGAAGCGGCUAUGUUCGCGACCGUUGAUGACGAUUCGUCGCGACAUGCGACUGCUAGCGACUUGUCGCGGUGUCGGGAGACGGGGCUGAGAUGGGCGCGGGUGCGCGCGGUUCGUUUGCGGCGCGACGCUGCGCGGCCGCGGCUCGAAACAGCGCCGACAGCCACACCUCAUGUCCGAGAGCGAUCAGCCCCGUUGUCAAACAUGCUAGGAUGA